AUGGUGAUGAAAAAGCUUACCUCGGAGAUAACGCAAGAGAGUAAAGCGGCUAGGGUGAAUGAAGUAAGGAAUAAAGCUAUGAUGGGGAUUCGUUUGCCAAAUUACAAACAUACCCCUAUCCCGCCGACUAUUCUCUUUUUCUUUGGGCCUUGA